AGAUCAUACCCGCACUAUUAAAAUGCCAGUGUUUAGAGCUGAACAACACAAUUGCGGCUGCUGCUUUUCAGGAGAGGAAAUUUGCUGAAGAAGACCUUUCCAAAGGAAUGGGAGGGAGGCGUGUUGUUCUCCAAGACUCAGGAGAGAAACUGAACCUUCUCACAGCUGUGGUGUUGAUGUGAAAGAUACCGAAUGCAAAAUAGGAUGUGACAAAACAGUUUGAACAAUUUGAACGAGAACAGUUGCCACUCUCUGAAAAAGAUCAGACUCCAGAGGAAGACAGGAGAUUUGAGCCCAAGACGUCAUGGUUCUGUUGGGAGAGAAACCCAGACUGGGAGACCGGGUUGAGAUUUCCCGGGGUAUUUAUUGCCACUGGACUAUCUAUGUAGGCGAUGGAGAUGUGGUGCAUGUAACUUCCACAGAUGAGUUUAGAAGAAAUUCCUCCUUUUGUUCUUCAUCUGCCACAUCCAAUAAGGCUGUGGUAAAGAGAGAACCUCUUAGGGAUGUGAUGGGGGAAGACAUAGCCCAGGUCAACAACAAGUGUGACAUGAAAUACCAACCCAGACCUGUGGAAGAGAUCAUCAACAAGGCAAAUAAAGCAGUCGGGAAGGAGGUCAAUUACGACAUGGUCUGUUGUAACUGCGAGCAUUUUGCCAACUUCCUGCGUUAUGGCUUUCCUCGCAGUGAGCAGGCUGCAAAAGGCCUUUCUUGGGCAGGCCUAGUAGGACUCCUGAUCAUUUUAAAGGGAAACUUUAAGGCAUGGCUUCACUUCCACAAUCUCUGUCAGUCAACGGGUUAACAUCAGUCAAGGUCUAUCACUGUCAAGAUGGCAUCAUGCUCAAAAGUACAAGAAGAUCUUUCCACAGUGCUCCCAAACCUGCAAAGAACAGCAGAAGUCCUAAUUCAAUCCAGGUAAUGCCCCAGAGAGUACUGCCUCUGAAAGAAAGACCUUUGAAAACGUAAUUUGAAGCCUGUGAGGUGGAUCCAUUUCCAGGCCUUACUGUUGAGGAGGAAACCCUGAUGUUCCCACAGGCCCCAGCAGCAAAUUCAGCUUAAUGGUCUACCUGAGCCUACAGCAGGGCUGCACAUCUUUGGUCCUCCUGCAGAUGUUGGACUACAACUCCCAUCAUCCCUCACUAUUGGCAGCUGGGGAUGAUGGGAGCUGUAGUCCAACAUCUGCAGAGUUGUGCAGCCCUGACCUACAGCAUCUCAGGCCUGGCCCGGCCCAAGCUCCAGUGAUGCCUGAGGUGGCUUGUCUAGAUUGCUUGUCAUUGGAGUUACAGUAUUUGACUCUGGCAUAUUGCAAAUGGCCAAAUGAAAUUAGAUCAUCGCUAGCGUUUUCUCUUAGUGAUACUAAUUGAAGGCAGAGUCCCUUCCUCCUUCCUGCCUGUACUUCUUGUUGAACUUGUCUCUUCCUUUAACACAAUAAAGAAGUAUUCCCUUCUAAUGGCUGCCUUGUUCUGAACCCUCAUGACGGACUCUGUCACAAGAGACUCCAGUGAGGAUUCCCCUUUACAAGCCUGUGAGCUUCAGUUUAGUAUUGUUGGUAUUACUAGUCUUGUUAGUUUUAUUAGUUAAUAUUGUAUUGCUUAUUAAUCAGUUUUUUUAAUUACCUUUCAAUAAAUCUGAUUAUAUGUUGACUCUCUGA